AUGUACCUAUCUGUGCUCGACGAGGCUGUAGGAUGUAUUUUGGGGCAGCAUGAUGAUUUUAGAAAGAGGGAGCAAGCCAUUUAUUAUCUUAGUAAGAAGUUCACGCCUUACGAGGCAAAGUAUUCAGUUCUUGAAAGGAGUUGUUGUACACUGGCUUGGACAGCUCAGAAAUUGAGGCAUUACUUGCUUAGUCACACCACCUACCUUAUCUCUCGUUCAGAUCCUUUGAAAUACUUAUUGGAGAAACUAAUGCCGACCGGACGCAUGGUCAAAUGGCAAAUGAUCCUUUUUGAAUUCGACAUCAUUUUCACCACACAAAAGGUAAUUAAGUGGCAGGCUAUAGCAGAUCAUUUGGCUAAAAAUCCACUGGAGGAUGACUAUCAACCGCUUCACACUUAUUUUUCGGAUGAGGAGGUUUUGUUUGUUUGUGCAGCAGAGGAUAUGAAUGAGCAAUGUUCUGAAUGGAGACUAUUCUUUGAUAGUGCUUCAAAUUCUUUUGGAACUGGUAUCGGAGCUGUUCUGAUAUCUCCCGAAGGAAAACAUUACCCCGAUUCCGCUAAAUUGCGAUUUUGUUGCACUAAUAAUAUGGCUGAAUAUGAGACUUGCAUUUUUGGACUCAAAAUGGCGUUGGAGAUGGAGAUUAAGGAUCUAAUUGUGUUCAGCGAUUCCGAUUUGCAUGCAUCAAACGCUCAGAGAAUGGAUUACUCGGGAUUCAAAGAUCUUACCCUAUCAUUGCAGUUUACUAGAUUUGGCAAACAAAUUCAGAAGUUUGGAAUUCAGACAUAUUCCAAGCCCCCGAAAUAUUUUUGCUGA